AUGCGCAUGACUGAUUUACCGACUGAGUUGUCAAUUCUAAUAGCAACAUUCCUUCAGAAAGAAAGAGACAUCAAUAAUUUAACACAAGUUAAUAAAAAACUGUAUUACGACUUGAACUGGUAUCUUUACAAGCAUAAUUACCUCCACGGUAAUAGCUCAGCGCUGCGAUGGGCGGCUAAAUAUGGAGAAAAAUCAACUGCUGUGAUGAGUAUGAGGGAAAGAGCAAGUAUCACAUCAAUCGAUAAGUACAAUAUGACCCCAUUGUCCUGGGCUGCGGCUGGGGGGCAUAUAGCCAUCGUAGAAUUAUUAUUGAAAAGUGCUGGUGUCAUCUGUGCCGAUGACGAAGCCGCUAAUGGCAAUUCGAUAAUAGAGAAACCACCACCUAUCGGAGAUUCGUUCACUUCAUUGAACAUGGAAUACUAUCAUGAUACAAAGCAACUUUGGAAAAAAUUAGCCUGCAAGCUUUCGACCGCGACCCGAAGGGUUCCAGAGUUCAAUUUGAAUUGUAGGGAUCAUUUAAAUCAGACUCCAUUGUCCUUGGCAGCGGCAGGAGGACAUUAUGCAGUAGUCGCUGUGCUGCUGAAUAUCGCCGAAGUCGAGAUCGAUAGCAGGGAUGAUAAUGACCGUACACCACUGUGGCGUGCCGCAUCAGUUGGGAGCGUACAGGUAGCAAAGCUAUUGCUUGAGACUGGAAAAGUAGAUCCGGACUGCAGAGACUCCUACAACGAAACGCCGUUACAGCAGGCGGUGAUUUACGGGCAUGAGGAAGUAGUCAGAUUAUUACUUAAAACUGGAGUGGUCGAUUUACAUGGAAGAGAUCGUUUCGGCCGUACAUUGUUGCACUUAGCCAUAAUACAAAGGCAUGAAGCGGUCGCAAAUAUUCUUAUCGAGACGAAAAAUUUUGAUUUGAAUUCUAAGGAUCACUGGGGCCAAACACCAUUGCGCUUGGCUGCAGCUCAUCGAUGUGGAGCGACCGUCAGACUGUUACUUGAUACUGAUAGUGUCGACAUCAACUGCGCGGAUUACCAAGGACGAACACCUUUAUCUCUAGCUGCUGGAAAUGGAUAUGAGACAAUCACUAGACUCUUGAUAGAAAAGGAUGAAACGGAAUUGAACUCUAAAGAUCGCUUAGACCAAACAUCACUGUGGUGGGCAGCAACACAAGGACAUGCGUCAAUCGUCAAGUUACUACUUGAAACUCCAGGGGUCGACUCGGAAUACAUUUGGGACCUGGACACGCUCAAAGCCAAUAGUUUGGAGGACUGAGCCUUUUCCUAGAGUCGCGACAGGGGCUAAAAUCCAGGAUACUCUUUUUCAAGUUACCAUACUGCACAAAAGGAGAAACCCUUGAUAGGGGUUUCUGGUAAAUGGUUUGUUAGUGUUUCAAGGUUCAUGUUCGUGUCCGCGGUACCUGCCGCGACAUAUCCUCCUGUCAGAACAAACAAAUGGUGACUUACUGCUAGUGACUGAUGGAUAACAUCACUUGCUUGGUGUGUGCAUUCUUGC